GCAGUUACACACCAGCAAACUCUGUUAGUCAAGUUAGUGGCUUUAGCUUCUGUAGACUGAAAUUUAGCAAUAAUCCUUUGAAAAAUGGGAGAUCUAGUGGCUGAAUACACGUCUCGACUCCAAAGACAGGAAAAUGAAAUCAAGUCUCUUUCAGCCGAGAUAGAAAGUCUUAAAAACCCCCAGAAUGUGGGUUCUUUAUCACAUUUGGAUGAGUUAAGGGAAGAAAAUGCCAGACUGAAGUAUCGCCUCAAUAUUCUAAAGCGGAGCCUUCAGGAAGAGCGGAGCGAAUGCAAUAAGAGCAUGGUGAAUAUUAACCAGCGCCUCCAGGAGGUUUUUGGAGACGCGAUCCGCGCUGCCUAUCCGGACCUGGACAACCCUCCGCUCGCCGUGACCCCCAACCAGCAGGCCAAGUUUGGAGACUACCAGUGUAACAGCGCCAUGGCUAUGGCUCAGAUGAUGAAAGCUAAAGGAGUGAAAGUGAACCCCAGAGACAUCGCCGAGAAGAUUGUCCAGAACAUUCCCGAAAAUGAGUUAAUUUUGAAGACGGAAAUCGCCGGACCAGGGUUUAUCAACAUUCAUCUCCAGAGGUCAUUUGUGUCAAAAUUACUGACGAACCUGCUGGUAAAUGGGGUCCAGCCACCGCCUCUCGAGAGGAGGAAGAAGGUGGUGGUGGACUUUUCCUCGCCAAACAUCGCCAAAGAGAUGCACGUGGGCCACCUCCGCUCCACCAUCAUCGGAGACAGCAUGUGCCGUCUCUUUGAGUUUCUGGGCUACGAGGUUUUAAGGCUGAAUCACGUAGGGGACUGGGGAACGCAGUUUGGCAUGCUCAUCGCCCACUUGCAAGACAAGUUUCCAAACUAUCUGACCGUUUCUCCACCUAUUGGGGACCUGCAGGCCUUUUACAAAGAAUCGAAAAAGCGAUUUGACGAUGAUGAAGAGUUUAAGAAGAGAGCGUACCAGUGUGUGGUGCGACUGCAGAGCAAAGAGCCGGACUUCAUCAAAGCCUGGAACCUCAUCUGUGACGUGUCCAGGAACGAGUUUCAGAAAGUUUAUGACUGCCUGGACAUUCGCAUCAUCGAGAGAGGAGAGUCCUUCUACCAGGAUCUCAUGACCGCCGUUGUAAAGGAGUUUGAGGACAAAGGUCUGGUGGAGUUGGAUGAGGGGAGGAAAAUCGUGUUUGCUCCAGGCCAGUCCAUCCCACUGACCGUGGUGAAGUCCGACGGCGGUUACACGUACGACACCUCUGACCUGGCCGCCCUGCAUCAUCGUCUCUUUGAGGAAAAAGCCGAUGUCAUCAUCUAUGUCACGGACAGCGGACAGGGAAUGCACUUCCAGGUGGUGUUUGCCGCGGGACAGAUGAUUGGCUGGUACGAUCCCAAAGUGACCCGAGUGGAACACGCUGGUUUCGGAGUGGUACUGGGAGAGGAUAAGAAGAAAUUUAAGACCCGCUCAGGUGACACCAUCAGGCUGAUGGACUUGUUGGAGGAAGGAUUGAAAAGAGCGAUGGAUAAGCUGAAAGAAAAGGAAAGGGAUAAAGUGUUGACGCCCGAGGAGCUGACCAAAGCCCAGAGGGCGGUCGCGUUCGGUUGUAUCAAGUACGCCGACCUUUCGCACAACCGCAUCAACGACUACGUCUUCUCCUUCGACAAGAUGCUCGACGACAGGGGCAACACGGCGGCCUACCUCCUCUAUGCCUUCACCAGGAUCAGGUCCAUCGCUCGCCUGGCUAACUUGGACGAGUCGGUGCUGCGGGACGCGGCCAAGAGCACCUCCAUCAUCCUGGAGCACGAGAGAGAGUGGAAGCUUGGCAAGUGUAUCCUGCGCUUCCCCGAGAUCCUGCAGCGGAUCCUGGACGACUUGUUCCUUCACACGCUCUGCGACUACCUCUACGAGCUGGCCACCACCUUCACAGAGUUCUACGACAGCUGCUACUGCGUGGAGAAAGACAGGCAAACAGGGGAGGUAGUCAAAGUAAACAUGUGGCGAAUGCUCCUGUGUGAGGCCACGGCAGCCAUCAUGGCCAAAUGCUUCGACAUCCUGGGAAUCACCCCCGUGGAGAGGAUGUAGCCGAAACGAAAGUCGACCGAAACCAACCUCCACGAUUAACCUCGGUUUGUACUUCGCCGCAGACCAACCCGAAAAACCGAAAACAACUCCUCGUAUUUAAAAAAGGAAAAAGAAAGAGAAAGGUGUUUGGCUCCGAGCUCAUACUUCUUCACGUAAACUGGUAAGAGUGCCCAACCAAAGAGUGAUGGAUGGCGGUAGCGCCAACCGAAAAAUCGCCUCGAUGAUUCAGAGCCUUAUCCGGCUUUAUCUGGGCUUUUUUUUUUUUUUUGGUCCUCGUCUCGUCCUGUCCCGGAACGGUAACGAGCGAUGCCAGACCCUCGUGCAACGCAAUGAAUCCAAACACGCAGCUGUUUGAAUUUAUUCGACUAAUUGAUCUGCAAACGACUCUGUCAGGCGGCGUGGAUGAACAGACUCUAUGGCGCUCUGAUGUCACGGAAACCAUUCAUAAUCCACUAAGGGCCGACUGGCUUCGUCUGGAUGGGGGACGCCUCAUUCUUCAAUGCAUAUUAACAAAUAAAUAAUAAAAACAAACAAACAAAAAAAAAACAACAAAAAAGAAAAGCAACUCUAAUUCUCAAGAGGGUUGUUAUUCAAUAAAAAAUUU